CACACUCACAUUUUGCAGGUGCUCUGUGUGCGUGCGUGUGUGUGAGUGAGUGUUUGUUGGUAAAAUGUCUGCCGCCUGAAGCGCCCGUAACGUUUGGUGCAAAAGUGUCCUGCCAAUUGUUGGUGCGAAUUUAGCUUUACUUUGAACAGCAAAGCACUCUAUCCAUUCCGUGCUGGUGAUAGGCGUUCGAUUAGCAAACGAACGGAAAAGGAGACUUUUCCCCCCAUCGAAACGCCCGUGUCGGCACAGCAUGAGCAACUCCGAGAGCAGCAGUAGCAGCAGCGGCAGCGGCAGCAGCAGUAGCGGUAGCAAAAAUGCAAAAUCAGAAGAGAAUCAGGACGAGCUGAUUAUAAAACAGCAGCGCGAAAUUGAACAAGAGAUUGCUCAUUCCAAUCCGCUAGUCAGUGAGUCGCAGCCGAUCGCCAGCCUCAACCAGGAGUACCUGGACGAUCCGGUGUACAUAUCAAAGAUUAAGGAUCUCUCCACCAAGUACCGGGCGAUACGGCGCAGCCGGCCGGACGGCAACUGCUUCUUCCGCGCGUUCGCGUACGCGUACCUCGAGUACCUGGUGCGGAACAAGGACGAGUUUCAAAAGUUCUACGAGUACGCGUCCAAAUCGAGGGAGCGGCUAACCGAGGCCGGCUUCCCGCCGUUCACGAUCGAGGACUUUUACGAAACGUUCAUGGAGGUGAUCGGCAAGGUGAAGCCGGAGGGCGACAAUACGGCCGCUGCCCUGGCCGAGCUGCACAAGCUGUUCAACGAGCAGGGCUACUCGGACUACGUGGUGGUGUAUCUGCGCCUGAUCACCUCGAGCCAUCUGCAGGAGAAGGCCGACUUUUACCAGAACUUUAUCGACGGGAACAUUACGAUCGUGGAGUUCUGCCACCAGGAGGUGGAACCGAUGUACAAGGAGUCGGACCACAUUCACAUCAUCGCCAUCUGCUCGGCGCUGGAUGCGGGCGUGCGGGUCGAGUAUAUGGACCGGGGCGAUGGGAACCAGGUGAUUGCUCACGAUUUCCCGGACGGCUUCAAGCCGAACGUCUAUCUGCUGUACCGUCCCGGGCAUUACGAUAUACUGUAUCCCAACCACUGUGAGGCGUAAGCGGUGCUGUGUGUCCCGUCAGCGGCCGGAGGAGCAUAUUUGUAGGAUGUAAUAAUAAUAAUAAUAAUAUUAAUCGUUGGCAGCGCCGCAAACUUACCAACGAAUGCACCCUGCUCUGUCUCUCGUAAUAUGAUGUCUCUUUGUUUCCUGCAAAACCCCCCUCCCGUUCAGGAUUAUUCAGUACUUCUCUUUGUCGAUGCCGAACACACACACACAACCACAUAUACACGGCUAGUAUGCUACUCAAAAUAAUAAAUAAAGUGUACGGAAGAAUCGUAAUAAAUCCAA